UGGAGAUCCCCAUUUUCCUAAAUCAUCCGUUUUUAGGCUAAGUAUUUGUUUUGUAAAUUCGGAUUUUAUAGGCUAUCCAAAGUGGCCAAAGUUUUGCAGCAUCUUAUUUAAGGUUUUAUUAUCGUCGACGUCUGGCCUACCUCAUAGGUAAUCAAAUGUUGGGAGAAAAGGCACAAGGCGUCCCUUUGAAAGUAAUGGACUACACCUAUGAUGCCGAUUUGGAAGAAUUGUGUCCUGUUUGUGGAGAUAAGGUCUCAGGAUACCACUAUGGACUCCUUACAUGUGAAAGUUGUAAGGGCUUCUUCAAGAGGACAGUCCAGAAUAAUAAGAGGUACACUUGUGCAGAAAACCAGGAGUGUAAAAUAGACAAAACACAGCGGAAGAGAUGUCCCUUCUGCCGAUUCCAGAAAUGCCUCAAUGUUGGCAUGAGAUUAGAAGCGGUGCGUGCAGACCGCAUGCGUGGGGGCAGGAAUAAGUUUGGCCCCAUGUACAAGCGGGACAGAGCCAUGAAGCAGCAGAAGAAGGCUUUGAUCCGUUCCACAGGCUUCAAGCUGGAUUCUGCUCCUCCACAGCUCUCGCCUGUACAGACUAACUAUGGCUUCACCGGCACCCUGCACAGCCUCCCCUCCCUCCCCAAAGGCCUUAUGCCCUCCAUCCCAGCCUCCAUCAACCACACAGACUACGAGGCCAGCCUCUACGGACCCCCCUCCCUGGGGGUGGCCAUGCAACCCCAUGGGCCCCUGCCCACCCAGUACCAGUACACAGCAUUCCCCAGCAGGGCCAUCAAGUCUGAGUACCCUGACCCCUACACAAGCUCCCCAGAGUCUCUGGUGGGGUACCCCUUACCGGACGGGUACCCCUCUGGUGGCUCCCCGCAGCUUCCCAGCCAGCCCCCCCUCGUGCUGGAACUGCUGCGCUGCGACCCAGAUGAGAUGCAGGUGCAGAUUAAGAUCAUGGCCUUCUUGCAGCAGGAGCAGAGUGGCCCGGGCAGGCAGGAAAAGCUCAGCACCUUCAGCCUCAUGUGUCGCAUGGCCGACCAGACUCUGUUCUCCAUAGUGGAGUGGGCCAGGAGCUGCAUCUUCUUCAAGGAGCUCAAGGUGGGGGAUCAGAUGAAGCUUCUUCACAACUGUUGGUCUGAGCUGCUGGUUCUGGACCAUGUCUACAGACAAGUGCAGCACGGGAAGGAGAACAGCCUGUUGCUGGUUACUGGCCAGGAGAUGGAUCUGUCAUCCAUGGGGUCCCAGGCAGGGGUGACUCUUUCAGGCCUGGUCCAGAGAGGACAGGUGCUGGCUGGGAGGCUGCUGACCCUGCAGGUGGACAGGAGAGAGGUUGCCUGCCUUAAGUUCCUCCUUCUCUUCAAUCCCAAUGUAAAGCUGUUGGAGAAUCAAGUGUUUGUGGAGAGUGUUCAGGAGCAGGUGAAUGGGGCUCUGCUGGAAUACACUCUGUGCACCUACCCCCUGUACCUGGACAAGUUCAGCCAGCUGGUGAUGCGUCUGCCGGAGCUGCGAGCCCUCAGCACCCAGGCAGAGGACUACCUGUGCUACAAACACCUGAGUGGGGAGGUGCCCUGUAACAACCUGCUCAUCGAGAUGCUGCAUGCCAAGAGGGCCUGUAUAUGAGCACCAUGCUACCAUCACUAUACACCAGCAGACUGUCUGUGGGACUGACGCUGUGGAAGCCAGACAGGGUUUACGAUUACAGCCCAGAGAGAAGGAUGUGUGUGUUUCUGUGUGCGCGUGUGUGUGUGCAUGCUUGCGUGCGUGAGCAGCCCCUCUGUCCCAGGUGUGUGUAAACAGAAUUUGGACUUGUGUUUUUUGGCAGUUCUUUAAAUGUACAUAGAUAACAUUUACAAAGGAAGCUUUGUUAUGAUACUGUGCGUAAAUGUAACUUUUACCAAUUUGUUGAAUUCAGUAGAGUGAAAUGUUAUAUCAGAGCUAGUGAAGAUAUUUCAGAUUCUUCAGAUGACAGAGGCACUAUAACACACGUCAUUCAGACUUGUCCUAGCCUUUCAAAUAUAGUGUAAACACUACAUUUAUUUGAGCACUUGUUCCUUUGUAAAUUGUCACCAACUUUACCACAAAAAAUUGUUGUGUGAAAAAUAAGUUAUGUUCAAUAUAUUUUUUUCUUUCUAUUAGAUAUUGAUAUUCUAAUAUAUUAUCUACACGUGUUUACAAGAAUCACAUAAGCACACUCAUAUUCAGUUUAACCCUAGAGUCGAUGUCUUUGCUCCUGCGGAAAUCUAAUUAGCAUAAUACAAAAAUCGACAUAAAUACCUGUCAGUUUAAGCUAGAGAUAUAUUUUUGUUGUUUCAUUUGAUGCGUCUCAAUCCAUCGCAUCCCCCGAUGUCGAACUGCUGCAUUUGCGGUGAAAGGUGACAGAGCUAGAGCGGUGUUUGUCAGACCCUGAGACAUCCCGAAAAUCAGUCUUCUCACAAAAUCACCUCUAUGGAAAGAUGAGACUAUCACAAACACAAACAAGUCGGUCUUGUCUAGGACACCCACAGGCCUCACAAGACAUGUCUGAAGGUCCCUCGGUACCAAACACAAACAAGUCGGUCUUGUCUAGGACACCCACAGGCCUCACAAGACAUGUCUGAAGGUCCCCCGGUACCAAACACAAACAAGUCGGUCUUGUCUAGGACACCCACAGGCCUCACAAGACAUGUCUGAAGGUCCCUCGGUACCAAACACAAACAAGUCGGUCUUGUCUAGGACACCCACAGGCCUCACAAGACAUGUCUGAAGGUCCCUCGGUACCAAACACAAACAAGUCGGUCUUGUCUAGGACACCCACAGGCCUCACAAGACAUGUCUGAAGGUCCCUCGGUACCAAACACAAACAAGUCGGUCUUGUCUAGGACACCCACAGGCCUCACAAGACAUGUCUGAAGGUCCCCCGGUACCAAACACAAACAAGUCGGUCUUGUCUAGGACACCCACAGGCCUCACAAGACAUGUCUGAAGGUCCCUCGGUACCAAACACAAACAAGUCGGUCUUGUCUAGGACACCCACAGGCCUCACAAGACAUGUCUGAAGGUCCCUCGGUACCAAACACAAACAAGUCGGUCUUGUCUAGGACACCCACAGGCCUCACAAGACAUGUCUGAAGGUCCCUCGGUACCAAACACAAACAAGUCGGUCUUGUCUAGGACACCCACAGGCCUCACAAGACAUGUCUGAAGGUCUCCCGGUACCAGUUGAAAAAAUGUAUGGAAGUACAGUAUAUAUGGAGACUAUUUAGUGGCAAAAAUAAAGGGUUAAAUACAUGUAAAAAAAUAUAUUAUAAUAAUUCCUGAUCUUUCUUAUAUCUCUCAGAUGUAGGACAGACACUUCAGAACAUUUUUUUUGUGUGUGGGUUGUUCAAUGCAAUGUAGUAAAUCUGUUAUUCAAUGCUUUUAAGGCCAAAAAUAGCAGUAAGGCCAAAAAAAAAAAUUCAUCAAAAUUUUUUACAUAUUUUUUUGGUGGAUACUUCAAGGGGUCUUAAACUUCAAAAUCAAAUAACGAAAUUAUCCUUGGUAUGACCUUUUUAAAACAAUUCCAUAUAGCUUAGUAGAACCCACCGGGUGGGUUAAUGACAGUCUGUUACUCCAAUGAGAUAUUUGCUUAAAGUGAUAGAAAGAGAGAGAGAGAAACAGUGGAGAUGGAAAAUGUGGCACUGAUGUGUGGGACCGAAUGAAAGGAAGCCAUCUUUGUCUGCAGCCAUUUCUUAUUAACAGAUGACUGGAGGAGGGCCCCAGAAAGAGAAGCCCACAUGUAAGGACAGAAAAAUGAACAACAAAGAAAGCAAUCUCUUAUUAAGUAGACAUGUUAAACAUGAAGCUUUACGGUGUAAAUCCUCCUGCCUCUUACCAAAGAGCUGUCCACCCUGGCAACAGAGCCAGGUCAAGGAUAGAGGGUCGUGCACUGUGGAUGUUCUCCAGUCCUUUUGUAGUCACAGAAUGAAUGAAAACAUGCAUUUGGCGAUGUAUGCAAUGUUUGCUUUCCAAGGUAAACGUGAAUGAGAUAUAGGGAAAUCCAAUUGUACUGAAGUGUAAAGAGAAUACAGACCAAUCGUACUUGAGAAAUGGAAGACGAAGUGCACUACAACAAGUAUCAGAAUUGCAAGGAAUGAGGAACAGCAUCAACAAAAACAACAUGUAACACACACAUAUCUGUCAUUGCAGCACAUAGUGAAGCAACAUGCUUGAAUUGGUCCCUCAUACAGACAUGGCAGGGUUGGCUCUUUUAACUUCUAGACAAUCAUAACACUUGCCUUAAGAUAACCCUGGCCUGUCUGUCUGUGAAUAUAUGGACCAUGGUUUAGUAACUGGUAUGAAUGUCGUCUGUACCUCUCCGCUGUAGUACAUUUCAAUUGGGAAACAUGAGAAGAUUAACACAGUGAGCUAUACCAAGCUCAGGUGUUUCAACAAACAGAUGUCUCUGUUUGUAAUUGGUGCUCUUGAUGUUGCUUUUGCUUCUAUUGUGUUUUACCUUAUUCUGUGAGGUCCCUGUCUUAGUUGUUUUUGGUGAUGAGAUCUGUUUAUAGUCCUCAUUCUCAAACUGUCUGUGCUGGUCCACUUUGUUUCCUCUCUCAGCAAUUUGAAUGCUUUUCAAACAGAAACAAUCAAAACAGUUUAUUUUCUUGAAAUAUAUUUUAUUGUAAUAGCAUCAAACCAAUAAAUGCAAUUAAGUAAAGCUCUA